AAAAUUGAUAAGCUAAUAAACUUCAAAUUAUUUCUGAGAGAUUAGACUUUCACAAAACGUGGGGGAAAUUCAUAUUUUUACGCGCAUUUAUGACGUUUUCAAGUAUGAUUUCAGUUUUAAUUUUUAAUUUUAGAAAGUAGGAAAAAGAGUGCGUCUUUCUAGGGUAAAUGCUCGUUGCAAAAAACGGAUAUUAAGAAGAAAUUGUUAUCAGCACCAUUUGGUUAUGAAGAAGAAAUUAUCCUUUUAAUAGGAAACAAAAUCUGACUUGUGUGAUAUGAUCUAUACAAGAUGAAAACAAUAGAACACUAUGAAGAAUUAAUAGAUCGUGAUCCACGACAAAUUUCUCGAUUGUGGCAAAAUGUUCAAAUAUGCUGCUAUUUUUUAUGUGCUAUAUCUGGAUAUGUUUGCUCUAUCCUGUUCUUCGUAAUUUGGGAAGAUCUUUGCGGUGAACAUUGUCCUUUGUGGGCAGAGGUCAAACAAUUGUUACACGUAGAAGAGGAUGAUGAUGCUCAAGGGAAUGAUUUGGAAUUGAAUAAUACUACUGAUCAAAGAAGUCAUAAGAUUGUUGGUGAUUUUGAUUGGACACAGGAAGUUACUGCUACAUUUAAAUUUCAAGGAUAUUGCCAAUGGUUUCAUGCCACGUGUCUUGUUUCUUGCUUCUUUGGCGUGGUUUGGCUCACUCUCUUUUCUAUGUGUGGCAGAGGGGGCUACGGUAACAGAACGUAUUAUGAACCAUGGAGAGUAGUAGUGCCUGCUUUAUUUUUUAACAUACUUUUCACAAUAAUAUUGGUUUGUGCAACGGGAUGCUUCCUGCUUGGAAUUUCCCGAUUUGUUAACAAUAUUAACGAAAUGUCCAAUCGACUUCUGAUUAUUCAUAAUAAUCUCCCUCACAGUGGCUGCCAAAAUCUUCAGGAGUUUCUUAAUAUCUAUAAUAUUCAUGGACACAACGUUUGCAGAUAUCUUUUCUCCAUAAAAUUUGGAUCAUGGAUAAUGAUGGUUGGUUGGAUCAUCGGGACAGUUCUUUUGAUUUUACGUGUUGUUUGUAUAAAAGAUUUUAGAUUAAUGAAAGUUGAGCUAUAUGAAAUGCCUCCAGAGAUGUUUGAAAGCGAAGCUUUAAAAAGAGCUAAUGGAGAAAGCGUAGAAGCUCCGAUUCCAAAAAAGCGGAUCAAAUUGACUCAUCCCCUCGGCUGCUGUCGCACGAAAAAAAGAAAAGAAGAAUAAAUUUGUCUUCUAUUUAAUUCCAAGUAUUUCAUUUAUAAUAUUCAAUGAAAAUAAUGUUUAUAAUGAUAGCUGCGUCUAGUCGCCCCGAAAAAUUCUGGGAGUUGGAAAAGGGGAUGGAUUUUGAAAAAUAUUUGACUAGUCC